CGAUGUAUUUAAACGUUUUGUUCCUAAAUUUCUACAAGACCACUUCGUUUGUACAGCUGAUGCACGAGAGAGGUUGCUUUUCUGUUCCUAAGGGGCGUGUUCUUGCUAUCUUGACUGAAAGCUCCGCUCUCUCUAUCCGUAGCCAUAGCUAGCUUGCUAAGGCAGUACUGUUACAUUUUAGUUAGCAAGUAGCACCAGUUUCACUCUCAGUAACCCCGACAGUUAAACAGUUUAACAGCUGUCAAAAUAAACACCUAGGGAUUCAUGUUCACACAGAAAACGUUUGGUCGAAUGCAUAAUGGAAGAUUGAAGUGCAGAGGACGCUUUAUCACCAAAAAUCGCCGGCUUUUCGGACCGGGCGCAGCAAGAUAGCUAGCUCGAAAAAGGCUUUAGCUAGUUAGCUAGCUAUAGUUGUGCUUGCUAGGAGUUUACGCCCGGUUGCCGAGCUGUGGUUGACACACAAGGUAAGGGGUAUUUUAUAAGUUGUAGCUAAUCGUUAACUAGUGUGUUGGGAAUGACCAAACCUCACCGAGAUUGUAAUAUAGUGCUUUACUGUACGCUUGUCAAUGUCAAGUAAUGCGCAGUCUGCUAAUAAGCCAAGAGCAAACAUUUGCCCGGCUAAAUAACAGGUUAUCCAAUGGUGUGCUAGCUUUCUAUCGAGAAACUCGUGAUGGUUUAUGCCUUAGCUGUCGCUAGCAGUAACUUCGCUACACUAGCUAGGUAGCUUCUCAGCAAACAGGCUAUGCCACUAAAGUAGGUAGGUGUUCGUGUCAUUAGCUGUAGACCUGCCCUUCGUUCGAAAGUCGUUGCAGAAUUGAACGAAUUGAUAAGAAUGGCAUACAAUGUAAUGGCUUGCUCAGGAGGAACUCGUGAAUGUUGUGGAAAUUUCUUAAGUACAUGUAAACGAUAAAAAUGGCUGACACUUCGUUCUAGAAUUGAGGGCGCGCAACAUAAGCUGCUUCAGAGUCAACACUUGUAUUUGCGGUGAUUGGUCAGAGUCUGGCUCCAUGCUUGUGUGCAGAAUGCUGAUUGGUUGUCGAUGGUGUUAGGUUGGUAAAGUUAUGAAGAAAUUGGAUGUCUAGUUUGAGAGAAAUGUGAGCUGUAAUUAACAGUUAUAUGUCAUUGGAAAAGUGACUGGAGUAGCGGUACACCGAUUCGUUGUUUCACAUCGUGCACUAUUGUCAAGGAUUUGUAUCGACUAAUGUUCGAUUAUUGUUAUAUUAAAUUGGAAGUAGGUCCAGGGUUCCUUCCCCCACUGAUCUGCCUAGCAGGCUAACGUUAGCCCCGCCUCCAAAAUAGCAAAAAUAAAAACACACUUUGAGUUUGGCCUUGAUCCGAGAAGUGAUACACACAUUGGGGGAGCCAUCAAAGUGCCAGUUCUGUGGGGAUUAUAUUGGAGAGUAUGUGCCAGUACCUGUCUUACUACUCUGUAUUUAAUGUCGGCUAUACAGAAAAAUAGGCGCCGAUUCGUUGAUUUAAUGCAGAUAUGCCGCUGUUAGCAAAGCUAUCAACCGAUUUUAAGAUAACUAGCUAGACGCUAUCAAGAACAAAGUUGAUUUACAGCGAAUUGGGAUGAAACCUGUGUAGGUCGAGGCACAGACGGGUGUGUGGUCAGGGGCCCAUGAGAAAGCCACGCAGGAGGGGAAACCCAGCCGGGGGUUUGGGAGGCAGGCAGCGGGCAGAUGCAGCUGUCCGGGGGGGAGGACCAGGGAGCCGAGGGCCGGGGGGGAGGACCAGGGAGCCGCCCCCGUCCCCGUCCCCAUACAGUAAUCGCAAGGUGUCCCCGGCUCGGGAGACGCUAACCUACGCCCAAGCGCAGAAGAUGGUGGAGGUGGACCUGGAGGGCCGUCUUCACCGCAUUAGCAUCUUCGACCCGCUCCCGGUCAUCACAGAAGACGAGAUGACGGCUCAGGACAUUGCGGAGUGUAACAGCAACAAGGAGAACAGCGAGCAGCCCGCCCCGGUCGCUGUGGCGUGUCCCGGACGCAAGUCCACGGGGAACAAAGGUCGCAGGAAAGAUGCCAAGCACUCGCUGUCGUCUUCUGCUGCGUCUCAGAACAACAGUUCUCACACUCAGUCAAACACACAGCCCCACGGCCCCAGCCAACUCCCCGAGCCCAUCUUCCGUGUAAUGGACACCUUCUCUCCCGUCGAGGCCGACCCGCUGCCCACAGCCUAUUACCGCUACAUGGAGAAGUCGGUAGAGGACCUGGAAGCGGAUGCCGAGUACGACAUGGACGAGGAGGACGUGGCGUGGCUGGAGAUGGUGAAUGACAAGCGCGCCUCGGACAGCCAGGCUUCGGUGUCAGCAGACGUCUUCGAGCUGCUGAUGGACCGCCUAGAGAAGGAGUCCUUCCUGGAGUCGCGUAGCCAGGCGCCCUCGCAAAGCGCCAUUGACGAGGACGCCUUCUGCUGCGUGUGCUUGGACGACGAGUGCCUGAACAGCAACGUGAUCCUCUUCUGCGACAUCUGCAACCUGGCCGUGCACCAGGAGUGCUACGGCGUGCCCUACAUCCCCGAGGGCCAGUGGCUGUGCCGCUGCUGCCUGCAGUCGCCGUCGCGUCCCGUCGACUGCGUGCUGUGCCCCAACCGCGGAGGCGCCUUUAAGCAGACGAGCGACGGGCGCUGGGCGCACGUAGUCUGCGCCAUCUGGAUCCCUGAGGUGUGCUUCGCCAACACCGUGUUCCUGGAGCCCGUGGAGGGCGUUGACAACAUCCCACCGGCACGUUGGAAGCUCACCUGCUACCUGUGCAAGCAGAAGGGCCGCGGCGCCUCUAUCCAGUGCCACAAGGCUAACUGCUACACGGCCUUCCACGUCACCUGCGCACAGCGCGCCGGCCUCUUCAUGAAGAUCGACCCGGUGCGCGAGACCACCGUCAACGGCACCACCUUCUCCGUCAAGAAGACGGCGUUCUGCGACUCGCACUCGCCCCCGGCGCUCGAGGGCGGGACCUCGGAUGACGAGGAGUCGGGGAGGGUGCUGGGGAACCGGGCGAAGCGAGGAUGCAGCGCAUACACGGAGACGCCCCACCUGAAGAAGCAGAAGAAGGGGGGAAAGAAGGACUCCAAACAGCAGCAGCAGGAGAAGAAGAAAGGGAAGAAGAACCAGGAGGAGGCAUCCAAGAUGGUGGCUACACCGCUGGUCACUGUGGCCCAGAUUCCCAGCCACAGAUUGAACACAGUAUGUAAAGGAAUCAUCAUCCAGAGAAAGAACCAGUUCGUGCAGAGGCUCCACAAUUAUUGGUUACUGAAACGUCAGUCACGCAAUGGGGUGCCGCUGAUUCGUCGACUACACUCUAAUCUACAGACUCAGAGACAUACAGAACAGAAGGAGCCUGAUGAGAAGGAGAGUGCUGUUCGAGAAGAGAGGAAAUAUUGGCAGAAACUGAGGCACGACCUGGAGAGGGCCAGAUUGCUGGUGGAGCUCAUCCGCAAGAGGGAGAAGCUAAAGCGAGAACAGGUUAAAGUGCAUCAGGCUGCCUUGGAGCUGCAGCUGACCCCGUCUCUGGUGCUGCUGCGCUCCACGCUGGAACAGCUGCAGGAGAAGGACACGGGCAGCAUUUUUGCAGAGCCCGUCAGUCUCAAGGAGGUCCCUGACUACCUGGAGUUUAUCUCUCAUCCAAUGGACUUCUCCAUGAUGCACUCCAAAGUAGAGGGCCACAAAUACCACACCAUCGCCGACAUGGAGGCUGACUUCAACCUGAUGAUCUCCAACUGUCUCGCUUACAACAACAAGGACACCAUAUUCAACCGGGCCGCAGUGCGCCUCCGAGACCUAGGGGGCGCCAUCCUGCGCCAGGCCCAAAGGCAGGCCCAGAAUGCCGGUCUGGACCCAGACACGGGUAUGCACCUGCAGGAGUCUCCGCAGAAGACCGACUACUACCGCUGCACCUGGGAGGAUGUGGACUCUAUGCUGGAGCCGGAGAACCGCGUGCACAUGUCUGCUGAGGAGCAGCUGCGCGAGCUCCUGGACAAGCUGGACACGGUGUCGUCCAUGCGCUCGAGCGGAGCGCGCACACGCCGCGUCCGCCUGCUGCGCCGGGAGAUCCACAACGUGCGCUUCAGGCAGGGCCAGCCCUCCGCACGCCACACCCACAACGGGGAGAUCAAAGAGGAGGAGGAGGAGGAUGAAGAGCUGGACGAGGAGGAGGAGGAGAGGGAGAAGGAGGGCGAUCAGACGCUGUCAGGAUCAGAUAAAGAGGAUUCCAAGUCCACGCCCCCUCCAACCCUGGAGCCCUCGGGAUUGGUCCAUUCCCCCCCGCGGGAUGACGCCCCUCAGGACCCGCCCACCUUGCGGCCAAUGACGACAGAGCCCAGGACCCCAAGCCAUCCAAUCAAACGCCUGAAGCUGAACAGUGAGAGCUCAGACACGCCAGUGACACCCCCAGUGAUCACUAAGAACUGCACCAAAGAGGAGGAGUCUCCCCAGGCCACGCCCCCACCGCAGAACGCAGGUCCUGGGUUGGUCAACGGGGUCUCCUCCCCUGAGACGCCCACGCCCCCCCGGGUGACGCUAGGGGUGGGCCGUCGAACUUCUGUCCUUUUCAAAAAGGCCAAAAACGGAGCCAAGCUGCAGAAAGAUAAGGAAAGGGAGAAGGAGAAGGAGAAGGAGAAAGAGAAAGACAAUCAGCUGCAAAACGGAGGAGCGGACUCGAUCAACCCCCCAAAUUGCCUUCCGACCUCCCCAGUAGUGAACUCAACCCCCGCACCUCCAACCCAAACCCCUACUGCCCCCCCUCCCCCGCCCUCACCUCAGAAGCAGCGGCCUCCAAGCCGAGGCAGCAGCCCAGAACGCCACCGAGAGACGUCGCCUCACCGCACGCCGGAGGCAGGUCUCACAAAUGGUUUCAAAAAGCACAAAGAUGGUGGCUCUGAUUCUGAAUGCAGCUCAUCUCCAACGUUACCCAGGGAAAUAGCAUCACCCCUGAAGAGUCGUGGAAAGCCGGCUCUGUCCAAAGUGCCCUUCCUGGAGACGGUUAACGGAGACGCCGACUACACUGGAGCAGGUGGCGAUGUGCUUGCCUGUGAAAACGGUGCUGAGCUUGAACCUCUGGAUCUGGUGUGGGCAAAGUGUCGCGGCUACCCCUCUUACCCUGCACUGAUCAUAGACCCGGAGAUGCCUCAGGAGGGCCUGCUGCAUAACGGGGUGCCCAUCCCUGUACCCCCUCUGGAGGUGCUCCGGCUGGGCGAUGCCAGGCAAGAGGAGGCCGGGGAGAGGCUCUACCUUGUGCUCUUCUUCGACAAUAAGAGGACCUGGCAGUGGUUGCCAAGGGAUAAGUUGAUCCCGCUGGGCAUAGAUGACACGGCAGACAAGCUGCGCAUGAUUGAAGGCCGGAAGACCAGCAUCAGGAAGUCCGUUCAGGUGGCCUACGACCGCGCCGUGAUGCACCAGAGCCGCGUGCGUGGCGACCACGGCUUCGUUGCCUCCAAUUACCUCUAGAACCGAGAGGAGAGCCUGGAAGAACACAAGAGAACCUGACGAGCCCAGAGCAGAGCCAUAGCUGUUGCCAUCAAUUCCUGCCCACAGUGUUUUAAAAAAAAAAAAAGAAAGAAAGAAAAAAAAAAAAGAAUCAGAUGUUGCCAACAUGCCUUUACAGCGUCCCCUGUUCAGUUUGUAUCUGGACUGGCAGGGACUGAAUGUGGUUGUGAGGGAUUGUCCACUUCGCUGGGUAUGAUGGUUGGACAGUACCGUGGGGAAGGGGAGGUUUUUUUUUUUUUAUGGAUGGUGGGGUGUUAUUUUAUUUGACGUUUUCUUCAGCAUUCAUUCACGUCUGUGGGGUGUGAGUUGAUCACAUCUGAAGAUUGGGCAGUAGCCGUUAUUUUGUUUGUCACAGAUACCCCCCCGUUUUUAAAAGUACAGAUGAUAAAGAGUCUCGCGAGCAUCGAAAGGAUCACUGCCAUUUUUCUUACUCUAGCUUUUUACUUUCUGACGUUUUACAAAAACCACUUUGUAUAUUGUAAAGACACUCAUGUAUAUACGUCUGUUUAUACCAUAUGAGAUCUAAUUUAAUUUUGCGCUCAUUUUGCAAAUUGAUUCAAUCACCUGGCGGUAUGAAGAAAUGAGAAAUGUGUACAUAUGUGUAAAAAAUCAAAUUAACUGACUUGCUACAAUGUGUAUUUUAGCUUGUGUCCGUCAGUUUGUGUGUGCAUAUGCACAUUAAUACAUAUACACUUGGUAUGUGUACCUGCACCAGCGCGCACACACAGUCAGUGGCAAAAUAUAUAUUCUCAUUUUUUUUGAUACACAGAAAUGUAAUUUAUUUAUGGACCAUUUACAGAAAGAAUAGAGAAAUAAAAUUAUAUAUUGGUUGAAAAUUUCAAAUGAAUGAAAUUGUUAUUUAAGAUAAACUAUUGAAUAGGGUUAUAAAGACAAACAACCAAGGUGAGAUUGUGACUAUGAGGUAGCGAGGUUAAGAUUUUUAAGAGUAGUAUAUGGUAGGGUCUCCAAAUGUCAUUUUUUUCACAUCCCGAUAUAAAGUAUCCUCUCCACCCAGAAGCACAGAUAUCUGUAUUUAUUGUAGAAAGUUCCCUGAGCUCUAGAUCCUGUUUAUAAAAUGGAGCUCCAGAGCGAUUUUAAGCUUGUACAAACUGCAGAUUUUACCUACUUGCCAAAUAACCGGUCAAACAGUAUUUUCUCAUGUUGAGGGAAAUAAAUGUCAUAUUGAAAACUU